UUCCUCUGUCCGUAACCCCCCCGGCUUCCUUUUGGUACGCUCCAAGAUGGCUGCCUCCAUGGUGCGGCGCGGGAUUUUCCUGACGCGGCAAGUGGUUGCGUCUCAGCUCUUCCCUGCAGGUAAAAGAUGCCUGCUUUCUGCAGCCUAUGUAGACAGCCACAAAUGGGAAGCAAGAGAAAAAGAACAUUGCCAUCUUGCUGAUCUCGCAUCUUUAAUGGAUAAAACAUUUCAGAGAAAAUUGCCUGUUAGUUCUUUAACAAUAUCACGGUUUGUAGACAACAUUUCCUCUCGGGAAGAGAUAGAUCAUGCAGAGUAUUACCUUUACAAAUUUCGACACAGCCCCAACAGCUGGUACCUGAGAAACUGGACUAUCCACACUUGGAUUAGGCAGUGUCUAAAAUACGAUGCACAAGACAAAGCCUUAUAUACCCUUGUGAAUAAGGUUCAAUAUGGAAUUUUUCCAGAUAACUUUACAUUCAAUUUACUGAUGGAUUCUUUCAUAGAGAAAGAAAAUUACGAAGAUGCUUUAUCUGUGGUUUUUGAGGUCAUGAUGCAAGAAGCCUUUGAAGUGCCUUCCACCCAACUUCUCUCCCUCUAUGUUUUGUUUCAUUGCCUGGCAAAGAAGACAGACUUCAGUUGGGAAGAGGAGAGGAACUUCGGUGCAUCCCUAUUGCUUCCAGGUCUGAAACAGAAAAACUCAGUGGGUUUCAGUUCCCAGUUAUAUGGCUAUGCACUUCUUGGGAAGGUGGAAUUGCAGCAAGGGCUACGGGCUGUGUACCACAACAUGCCUCUGAUAUGGAAGCCAGGCUACCUUGACAGAGCCCUUCAAGUGAUGGAGAAAGUAGCUGCCUCCCCAGAAGACAUAAAGCUGUGUAGAGAAGCGCUCGAUGUGCUGGAUGCUGUGCUAAAGGUGCUGACUUCUCCGGCUGAUGGGGCGUCAGAGGAACAGUCCCAAAAAGGUGAAGACAACCAGGAGUCAGAAAAACUGGUGGAGCAGUUAGACAUGGAGGAAACAGAACAGUCCAAGCUUCCUCAAUACCUGGAACGGUUUAAGGCCUUAUAUUCUAAACUUCAGGAUCUGGGAAAAAUUGAGUCAGAAAGUCUUUUAAGUCUGACCACGCAGCUUGUGAAGGAAAAGCUCUCCACCUGUGAAGCAGAGGACAUCGCCACCUAUGAGCAGCAACUGCAGCGGUGGCAUCUAGACCGUGUACGCCUGAUCCAGAGAGAGCAGGAACAGAGGGAGAAAGCGAAACAGGAGUUCCAGGCUCGGGAAGCAGCAAAGGCAUCUGCCUAAGAGGGUCCCCCGGAGCCCAACCCCUCCCACAGAACUUCACUCGACCCCAUGCCAGGACUUGGCAGUGACCUGCACAGCAGCCUCAGCUUCCUCUACCCACCUUCUCCUUUUCUUAAAGCAGGCUAUACUCUACAUGGCAAGGAACCAUGACUCCCCAUUGAGAUGCCAAGAAGGGCUGUGGAAUUAUGCAGGUGGCUCGUGGUCAGACUGAAGUCACUGACUGAAUACCUUCAGGAGGGCUCUUGAGGUUCAUGAUGGAGUUCCUGGGGCACAGGGAUUAGUUUUGAGCAUUAAAGUUCCUAAGACCCAGUGAAGGUACUGGGAGAAACCAAGGCUAAAGAGUCAGGUCUAAAGCACAGGCUUUUGUUUUGGGUUUUUUUGUUUUUUGAGAUGGAGUCUUGCUCUGUCACUCAGGCUGGAGUGCAGUGGUGCAAUCUCGGCUCACUGCAACCUUCGACUCCCGGGUUAAAGCAAUUCUCCUGCCUCAGCCUCCUGUGCGCCACCACAGCUGGCUAAUUUUUGUAUUUUUAGCAGAGAUGGAGUUUCACCAUGGUCUCAAACUCCUGACCUCAAGUGAUCUGCCCGCCUCAGCCUCCCAAAGUGCUGGGAUUACAAGCGUGAGCCACUGCACCCAGCCAAGCACAGGCUAUUGAAUAGCCUCCCUCUCCCCAGCCCAGGCACAUGAGGCCAAGGUGAACUGUGCAUCCUGAGACCUUGUGUCCCUGAGUCUCCUCUCUGAGUGCAAGCUGCACUGUGAGCUGACUGUGGGAGGCUCACACAUUCCCACCUUCUUUCUGCCACAUCUCGCCCUUUUGGACUUGCACUGGGGAAAUUCAGGACAGGAGUGAACUCAAGGCCAUGAACCCAGUGGAUUUCAAUUUUUAGGCCCCCCACAGGGACAUUUUUAGGAUGUAGGAAUUUGAGCAGAAAGCCGGCUCUAGCAUGAAGCCUUUUUAGCUUGCCUUCGCCAUCGUAUUGGAGUAACAUUUUUUUUUCCAAAACAUUGUCUCAACUCCUUUAUCAAGUAGGUAAAAAUGAGCCUUUUGUGUACACACAGGCACAUGUGCACACACACAGCUUGUGAACACACAUUUCUGUUAAAGAAGUUAGAAAAUAAGAGAUGAGACUUGAAGGGCAUAGAAGGUAUGAAUAUUGUAAAACUGUCAGGAGAUGGAAAAUGCCUUUUUGAAGUUUCUCUUCUGUAAAAGGGGUCAGGGCAGAUUUUGCUUACUGCGUAGGGUUGCUUUUAGGUAUAGUGGUAUAAUUUUAUUCAAGAUUGUGCCCUUUGAUGAAAAACCUCUGGAAAUAAAUGUUCUGGGAU